AUGUCAUCCAGCGAUGGUGGAUUCGACUUUGAUGCAGUACUGAGAGCAGAUAACCCCUCCAGUGGGGGAGAGGCUGGUGAUACUAACACAGCAGGGAUGUUCGGCGGAGGCAUCGCCGAUCUCGAAAGCCAAGUACGUCGACAUCAAACCCCACGAUGCUGUAAGGUGCCGUGA